GCAGGGCUUAGUCUUUCUGUUUGCUUUUGCUGAGAAAGAUUGCUUUUUGUGCUGAAGUUGCCGGCUGUGUUUGAUGGAAGCAGAGGCCACUUCGUAUUUAGGCUUUGGCAGACAUAGAGCAGAGGAAGUGCUGGAUGGACCCUGGCUUGGAUUUUUCGUGCAUCACAUAACAGAGAUGGGAGUUAUUCAAAGACCCAUAAGGAGGAAAUGGUAACACAGACACACAGAGAGAAGAGGAUCGGUGCCUUCUGAGAAGUGUACUGGCUUCCAGCAUAAUGAGCAAUGUGUGAACUUGUUAACUAGGCCUAUUCUCUUUGACCUUAAUUUAAAUUGAGGAUUAGCCAUCUCAUCAGAGUUCUUGGUGGAAAGCCAAGGCUUGUUUUGCCUUGGGCAAAACUCAAAAGGAGGAUUGGGAAGGAAAGUAGCUGCUCAUCCCUCAGAGGAAGCUUUUGCAUAUUUCCUUUGGCAGGGAACUUGAAGCGAUUAAAAAGCGAAUUUAUUUGGAUUGACUUCAAGAAGAGAAAAACACACCACAUUUACAUUUUUUUCCGUAAUGGAUUUGGAUCAGUUCUGUACCUUAACCCAGGAGCGUCCUGUUUAUCUACCUGGAUUCAGCUCAUCAAAGGAUCCAAGAAUUUAUUGAUAAUCUCUGCGUUCCCAGGCAAUGGAGCUCCGUAAGAGGGUGAAGCCGAAACAUGGCCUUUCACAAGAUGCGCCGUCUGAAGGCAGAUGUCACCAUAACGCUCUGUCGGGAACGCAGGAGGGGGGUAAAGGAGGGGUUUCUCUGCUUGGGCGAUCCGGUUCCCGUUCCCAUUCCGGUUCAGGCGUUUCACCCCGGCGGCCUUGGCAACAGUGCGUUUCCAUGGCAGCAGGGCUGUUAGCGGCUGUGCUGCUGGCACUGACUCAGGCCUGGUGUGUGAACGGCUUACAUGAGAAUCUGCUGUGGUUCUCACAGCUCACGGAAGUGGAGAGGGAGAUCUCCUUUCGGACAGAGUGUGGACUAUACUACUCCUACUAUAAACAAAUGCUGCACGCCCCAUCAAUACAAGAAGGGCUCAAAGAAAUGAUCCAUGACAACUUGACAGAAUCCAAGAGGACCAUUAACCUCUUGCAGCGAAUGAAUAUCUACCAAGAGGUCUUUCUCAGUGUUCUCUACAGAUUGUUGCCCAUACAGUCAUAUUUGGAGCCCGUGUACUUUUAUAUUUACACAGUGUUCUCGCUCCAAGCUGUGUAUGUGAUCGCUUUGUACCUCACAGCGUGGCUUCUGUCUGGCUGCUGGCUUGCUGGUGCGCUCACCGGGGUCUGGUACAUCCUUAACAGGGUAGAUACUACUCGUGUAGAGUUCACCAUCUCCCUCAGAGAGAACUGGUCUUUGCCCUUCUUAGCGCUGCAGGUCACCGCUAUCACCUGUUACCUCAGACCCCAGCUCACCACAUUACAGCAGAAGGUGAUGGUGUGGCUGAUGUAUGUGACGACGUUCUGUUUCUGUCUGACCUGGCAGUUCAACCAGUUCAUUCUACUCGUUCAGGCUCUCGUCAUUUACACCCUGGACUGCGGUGACUUCUUAACAACUACACAGGUGACUACGCUGUACCUCGUUCAAGUGAGCAGCCUGCUGAGCGUGUGGUUCCUCCAGUUCUGUAACUCCAUGAUACUGGGAUCACUGGUCCUGAGCUUCAUAGUAGCCGCGCUCUUCAUCAGACAUUGCCAGCCUGGUGUAAAGACUGGAAGCCUGGUGGUUCGUUUGGGCAAAGUUCUUCUCCACAGUGCCCUGGUUCUCCUCCUCACCGUCACCAUCAACUACCUGGCCAAGAAAGCCCUCCAGCUCCGAUCAGACGAGCACAUCUUUAAAUUCAUCAAGUCAAAGUUUGCUCUGGGUUCGACCAGGGAUUUUGAUGCCAGUCUGUAUCUGUGUGAGGAGGCCUUUGGCCUGCUUCCCCUGGACACGCUCGAGCGCCUGGCCGGUACCCUGCUGCUGUACCCCUACGUCCUCACGCUGCUUCUGCUCUGUGGCAUGUUGGUGGCGGCAGCACUGCAAAACCUGAGCAGGCCUAACAGAGGUUCCACCGAGGAAAAGAAAGAAGCCAGAGAGGGGCAAGUGGCGGCAUUUCGUCCAGAUGUGGCCUACAAUCUGCUGCACACGCUGUUCUACGGCCUCCUGGCUUUCAGCACAAUGAGAAUGAAGUAUAUAUGGACUGGCCACAUGUGUGCAGUCGCAGCCUACGGUGUGUGUGGGACCGAGCUGUGGACUGUGCUUCUCAGCGCUCUCCGUUGCAACACGAAACUUCUGUUGAGGCUUGUCAGAUAUGUCGUUCCUGUUGUGAUGAUCGGUUUCCUGUAUUACAAGUUCUGGCCUAAGCUGAUGGAGGAGUUAUCAGAACUGAGGGAGUUUUAUGAUCCAGACACCGUGGAGCUCAUGACCUGGAUUAGCACUAAGACACCCAAACAGGCAGUAUUUGCUGGAAGCAUGCAGCUCCUGGCGGGUAUCAAGCUGUGCACAGGCAGAGUUCUCACCAACCACCCCCAUUAUGAAGAUAAAGACCUGCGGGAGCGGACCAGACAGGUGUAUCAAGUGUACGCUCGCCGCUCCCCAGAGGAAGUAUACGAUAUCCUGAAGGCUAUUGGGGCCGACUAUGUGGUGUUGGAAAACAGCAUCUGCUACGAGCGGAGGCACAGGCGGGGCUGCAGACUGCGGGACCUGCUCGACCUGGCCAACGGACAUAUCAUGGACGGACCUGGAGAGAAUGACCCCGACCUCGUCCCUGCCACCCACCCUCGUUUUUGCGAUGCCAUCAAGACGGACGCGGCAGCUUACAACGCUCUCUUUACCAGAACAUUCCAGAAUAAAACCUUCCAUGUCUACCGGCUCAAGAAGAAACGCAAGAAAAAUACGAAGGGCUCAUCAGAGCCCAGCGUGACUCAGUAGCAGGACCAGGGCUGCAAGACAACCCCAGCAGAGGCCAGAGGGGAGAGAGGAGGAGAGGAUGAAAUAAAAGUGCUGAAUCCUUGCUGUUCCUCUGUCUCCUCUUUGCACUGCGCCCAGCUGUGAUCAUGGCCAUUAUUUCUUCAACACGUGGCUCUUUGGAUGUGCUAUUAGAACAGUGGGUCGGUCUGCACUUCGGGCUGCAGUGUUUUUGUGAGUGGAGUGUGCAAAUGUAGGAUUCCUGCUUUGGGCUGUUCUACGUCCACUCAUUCAGCCGCCGUCCACCCCAAAAAAGUUUAGAUGACUAAGUGAAACUUAAAGAUUAAAAUACAGAGAAGUCGUAUAUAUUUGCAGCUAAGUUCUUCUUUGCCAAUGAAAGUAGGGGCAGAAAUCGAAGAUUUGUUGAGCUCUUCAUUUGUAGGGAUUUAAACUGAUUUUAAAAAAAUAUAUCCAACAUAAGAUCUAAAAGGUUCAGUUUCCCACUGUAGUUCAGUUGUUUUAGGAGUAGACAUCAGCAGACAUUAAGUGUAAAUGUCUAGUUGAUCAAGUUUUAUAAAUAACCCCAAAAAUGAUACAACUGAAAAGAUUAUAGUCAGUUAGAAGAUGAUUUAUUUUUCAGAACUGACCUACAUGUUGGUUCUUUCAGAUGGGCAGCGAGCCACUCCAGUCAGUAUGUUUCAGCCAUGUUAGUGUAAAGGAAGCUGGUCAUCUGCCAUCGGCCUCAUUACAUGUUCUCAUAUUAAUAAUUAUAAAUAUAAUUCCUGUGCUUGAAUUUGAUUCAUUAAACAUACUGAACAUAAAAACAUGCUUAAACAGGUUGUCAUAGUCCCAGUGGAAACUCAUGCGACUGUUAAAUCUUACUGUUACUAGUAUUACUUCUAGCAUCACUGCUGUCAUCCUGUCAUCCUAAGCUCUUCUACCCACAAGCCUAACAACUACGUGCCAAACCCCAACUUAACCUCACUCUGAACCUACUUUAAGCCUAAAACCAAGUCGUAACCCUCAAACAGGUCUUUGAACUUCUCUACAAAAUGUCUCAAACUAAACACAAACUUAAAUUUAGGCUUUAAUUUAAUUUUUAUUUGUGGUCUGUGAGCGAUGACUUCAGUCACUGUGAUGCAGGUUGGAGAAGUUGUUGUUGAGAAAGCCGCAGUCUGCCCGUUCUGCACAGCUAGCUUUUAGACAGACAGACAGAGACAGACACACACACAUACAGUGUUAGUCAGUGUGUCCUUACAGCUGUCAUCUUUAUAAUUACCUUCCUAUGAUGUGUCUGGGAGACAUUUCUACAUGGUAGCUUCAGAAUAACCUGGAUCACACACUCUUUGAACAUACACACUAUUUAAAUUACUGUCUUAUUUCAUUCUAAAGGUAGAAUCUGUAAUAUCCACACAAACAUAGCAAGAAAAUUACUUUGGGGUGGGGCAAGAUCAUUACACUCUCUCUCCUUCACCAUAUAUGUAUGUAUGUAUGUAUAUAUAUAUGUAUAUAUAUAUAUAUAUAUAUAUAUAUAUAUAUAUCUGUCCAAAAAAUGUAUUUUUAUUUAUUAGGCAAAUAAACUAUCCAAAUCUGAGCCAAGACACUGGACUUUUCACAGAAGUCUGAAUUUCAUCAAACAUUCAACCACUAAAAUUGAUUCUUCUGUAACUUUAAUGUGUUGUUAUUUUUUAUUUUUAUUAAUCUUUUCUGCCGUUUUGUAAAAGUAAAAUUUGAAAAUUCAUGGAUCAAGACAAUAACUAUAUUAAAAGAUGAAAGAGCUUGCAGAUACUGUUGAAUUAACCAUUACACAAUCAUAAAAAUGUAUUUUGGUAAUAACCAAUACGCUUUAUUUGGUCUGGUGGUGGUCUAAUAAAUUUGUUAAGCUGUGUAGCUUCCCAUUUCUGUUUGCAGGAUUUUUGUGGUUUUCUACUCUGAUGAUCAGUCUGAGAGCUGGCUGCUAGCUGAUGAGCUCAGUUUAGCUCCCACCCCUUUCUCUUCAUGUUACUGUACCAUGGUAUUUUUUUCUCAGGAUUGUACAUAAAAAUAAAAAUAUAUUAUUGAAAAGAAGGUUUAAGAAAAAGUUUGCUAACUGCCUCGUUAGCUUCCAAUAACUUUCAGCAUAACAUGCCUCUUGCUAUAAGAGCAGAUCAGUAGAGUUUAUGGUGUUACAGAGAUAAUCAUAAGCUGUUGCAGGCUCAUUAAAUUGACAAUUUAUUGCUUCUACCAUGAAUUACUUUAACUGCCAAAUUUCUGGUAUCCAUUAUCGGGCCCCUGUACAGCUACUACACAGGUGGACCUCCUGCUGUGGGAAGAGUGCAGGACUUGGAAACUACAGUCAUGGGCUGUAUCCCAAUUCAGGGUCUGCAGCCUUAAAGUACGCAGCCUUAACGGUCCACAAGGGCCGCGUACUCAAAGACCGCUAAGGCCGGAAGUGCGAGGCUUGUGAAAUGGGACGGUCUAGCCUCCGUCGCGCUGCCCAGGUUGCCUAGCAACCAUGAUACUAACAGCUGAAAACGUUUCAUACAGCUUUGUUUAACAGAAAUGAAGGAGAAACUCUUUUGUUCAUUUAUUUGUUUGUUUCUACAUGAGCUUUGAUUUGAUAAGUAUCUGAGGCUGAGACCACAGGACUGUAAAACAUGAUUAUUGGGCUUCAUUUCUGUACUGAACAGUCAUUUUAAGAUUAGCUAGUAAAUAAGAAUUAGCUAAUGUUGUUCAUGAGACUAAAGUCAUCUCGCUUUGGUAAUGUAAAUAUAAUAUGGCCAAUAUUAAAGUUAUUAUUUCAAUCAGUAUUAGUUAUUACAGCAGUGAAUGAACUCUGUUUCAAAUACUGAGCUUCAGUAAAGAUUCAAGCUGCAUUUAUUUAUAUUUCCUGUCACCUUAAAUCUUCACUCAAAGACAGGUUCCUUUGACACUGUAUAUAUAAAUGUGUUAUAUAUAAGAGACAAAUAUUGUUCUUUCAAUAUGCUGGCAUUACUAAAUUUCUCUCAGUGCUUACUUUAAAUAUCCAUGAAAUCAUCACAUUCUCUGUAAGAUUAAGGUCAACUAUUGAACGGCGUAUAUUUUAAAGUAAAGGCUUUAAAACCAAGUUAGUACAAACGUCACUAAUGUCACAUAACUUUGCCAACAUGUGGCUAACACUAAUGUUUUAAUGUUCUUCAUUAUUAAACAUUUGCACAUAAAUAAGUGACAUAAUAUUCAGUACUUUUAAAAAUUUUCUCUUUGGGCGCCCCUCUUCCGACGUUUUUUUUUCGGCAAAAUUAUCCACACCCACCGCUGCGCUAUGCAUUCUGGGAUAUGUUGGGCCACGAAGUCUACACCGCCACAUCCUUAAAAUUCAGGGAAAUGAAGGACGCAUUUGAGGGCCGCAUUUCGAGCAGCCUUUGAAUUGGGACAGCCUUCAUCGCGUCACUGUGAUGUAAUCGGCCUUAAAAUGAGGCCUUUAAGGCUGCAGACCCUGAAUUGGGAUACAGCCAUCUUUUAUAUACAGUCUGUGUAUUGUUGCCCACAAACAGGAAAUGCUGAGAGUUGUUCGUUCAGUGAUUGUUUAGUCGUACUCGGCUGUAGCCCCACCGAGUAGGUCAGACCACUAGCAGAGCUCAGAUGUGGCCCCUCUGUUGUGGGGCACAUGUGGCCGCUGUGAUAAAUGUUACGAGUUACCCCAGAAAAAGAAGGAUAAUUACGUUAGUUUCGCUUUCUGCCCGGCUGCUUAAAUGUGCUUUUGCUGUAAAACUGAGGUCAGAGUUGGUACCAAGUGGUAUUUGUGACGGUGUUGUUGUUGUGAUUGCUGUCAUGUUUUUUCUCUUUCUGCGAUUCUCAUCAGCAACAUUCUCAACCUUUUCAUUCUUGUCUCUCUGCCACACACACACACACACACCGAGCCACAAACACACAUGAAUAAUGUAAGUAGCGAGGAAAUUGCAGCAGCCUGACAACAGGGCUGAUUCUGAGCCACAAUCCAAAAUAGAGAGAGAGAAAGAGGGGCCAACACUUGCAUAUCAAACCGAGGCUUUGUGGUUAGACGAGAAAGCGGGGAUGAGGAGAGGGGAUGACAGACGAUGCUCAUGUUUAAACAGCAGCGCAGGAGAAAUGAGAGCGCGUGAAAACAUGAAUUCUCAGUGAUCUUCCUCAUUUUCUUCUUUCACACCAAAGGCAAGGAGAGGAGGUGACUGCGUAGGUAAUUAGUGGUUGGACAAUUAGCACCCUCCCUCCCUCCGUCCCUUCCCCUUCAUCUCAGCUCAGUUUGCCUGUAUUUGUACACUUGUUAAUAAGGACCUCUGUCUUUGAUAAUCCACGCUCUCGCAGAUGCGUGAGCACUCCUGCACACGGUUGUUGCAGGGCUUUUGAAAACACGGUGUUCGUUAAAGGCGAGGCCUCAUCGUGAUGCAUAUCAAUCGGAUGAACGGAACGAGAAUGCUUGUUCUUCCCGCCUCCAUAUUGGAUGUUUAAUUUAGGCGAUGUCUGAUUGCUUUAUUUGAGAGCGAAGUGAUUCCAUUAGGUUUGCCUAAUAAGAGUCUACUAAUGUAAUAUUUUUUUCAGCAUUGUUAAUUUCCAUACAUAUUGGGUUUAGUAGCAGGCCGCUGCUGACUAUGGUUUUCUUAAUGAAGAGGCGAUGAAGGCGGUCAUCAACCUGUACAGUCUGCUGUGGUUUAAAGUGGAUGUUCGUGAAAUACAUGUAAGAUGCUCACUAGACGGCUUUGUGCAACUAAUGAACUUGUUUGGAUCCAGGUUUAGUUUGAACAGUCUGUUUUUGGGACAACCGAUUUGAAACCUGGCCUCGACCCUGAACCGUUAUGUCACCGUGAAUGUUUGCUGAACAGGUCAUGUUAGAGCAACAGGCGGACAACUUUAUUCUUGAAGGUCUUUCCACGUGAUUUUAGAAGUCAAAGAACUUUAAUCCCAAUCUUAAAAAAUCAAACAAGAGAUGUUGGGAUUGCUCCCAGAUGCAGGAUUGGUUUUCAUCUAUUGGUCUGAAGCUAGAUGAGAUAAAAUUAUCAUCUGUCGUAGAUGAAACCCAAGCAGCACUCGCCUGAGCCAUAAUCGUGCAGAUAUUUUGGAGCCUGAAUGCGAUUAGCAUCCUUUGGCAUUGGUGCUGUGAUGCCAUGGUGACCCAAGUCACCCAAGGGUUGCUUGUUUGGGAUGUCUUGAUGUGCUAUUUUAACCGUUUUAUUUCUACAUCCAGCUCAGUAGGUUUUGGUGCUGAAGCUUCUUAAACAGCCACAAAAUGUACAAAUAAAUGAAAUCUGAACUUUUUCAAUCAAAGAUGAAUUUCAGUCCUGUCAAAAAUCUGAUCUCCUGGCUAAGAAGCUGCACGUUAAGCCACCUGCUUGUGCAAACUUUGCCCAUCUUUGAGCUCACAGUCCAGUUUUAGAGUCCAGUUAUUACUUUGGCAUUGGUGAGCUGGUGCAACAGUCAAAGUAAACCUUGUGCACAUUAGUUGGUGUAGUCCCAGCGCUCAAGCAGAGCCAGCUCUACCUUGAACAGAAGUGAAACAUCAUUAAGCGUUACUAGGAGAAGCUGGAGAACACUAUUUAGUGUUUUAAUGAGAAGAAAUAUAGACUUCAUCUGUCAUUCAUAGGUUCUCACUUUGGGAACUACUGUUGUUUUUGUGGAACCUGUUCUAGAUUGAACGCCAGCAUCACUUCUGUGAAAGAGAGGUGUGUGCGACCUCAGCAGCCUCUGGCAGAAUGUGACGGACUGAGAUGUUAAUCUCCUGGCUAUGUAAUUAUGUUGGUUGGGGAUUGAUCAGAAAUGUCUCUGCCUUGCUGGAACAUGAAUUAGAAUAGUGUGGGAAAUAACACUGGUUAAUGCUUGACGUGCUUGACCAGGAUAGGCUCUCAUACCAAAACCUCAGCCCAGCUGGGAAGGAUGGUAGAGGGAGCAUCAUGGUUUGGGAUCGCUUUACCACCUCAGUAUCUGGACAUCGAGCAGAGUGUCAGGCAGUUAUGAGAGGAUGGUUUGAUCCCUUUGCCCACACUCAGUCUUUGAUGUGCAUUACUGCUGAUUCAGCAAGGACACAGGGUCUCUCUGCUGUUCAUGAAGACUCAUUUUGACCCUUUAUCUCCAGUUUGCCUAAGGACACAUGCAGACUUUGUCUAAGGCAAGAACUUCCACUUCAUGCAGUAUGACAUUAAAGGUGUAUUGGGUGGAGCAAACAACCCAAAAAGUACAGGAAACAGAAGUUCACAUGAAAUGAGGAGGAAUGAAGUCUGCGCUUUGUUAGACACCGAAUUAGUUUAAACGGCUGACACAAAAAGCAAAUCUAUUAUUUGACCUCUCAUCACCUUUUUUAAGACAAGAGCCUGAAAGAUGUUAAGAUGAGACUGGACCUUAAAAUUCAUUAGUUGUAAAGAACAUUUAAAUAAGUGAAAUAAAAAUUCCCAAACUCACAAUGUUAAGAAACGUCUUUUGGCUUUGUCAAGGCAACAUCACGCGAUGUUACAAAGUGGUGUCCUUAGUGUUUUCUAUCAGUUUGAGCCCUCGUGAACUCAGGUGAUGUCAUUUUCAGUUUUUGAGGGUUCAAUUUUGGGACUGAGCUAAGUAGAUCAACUAAAAGGCUGAAGGAGAGUAGAUUUCAGGUUUUGAAAGUCUGAGUCCUGACCUUAAUUCAAGUGACGUGCUGCAAGUAUGACCUGCACGCAGCAUCCAGGACAUACUGAUACCCUGGUAGGAGGACUUACUGUGUCUGAUGGAGGCUGUUGCUGCUGAAGUCCCUAAAGUCAAGAGUUAACUUGUUUUCCAGCCUUUAGAGUUAGAAUUACAUUGAAUAAUCACUAUUUGGAUGAAGAGCUUUUCUUCAGUAAUAAUUAGAGACAUUCUGGUAAUCCUCACAGUCCUCACACCUUCAGCUUCAUUUAAACCAACAUUGAACUUGUUCACUGUGGAAACUGUUUCUUUGUGUUUAUUUGAAAAAAGAAAAUACUGUAAUAUGUAUCUGGGUGCCUUUUGGUCAUUUUUCCUUUUUGCUUGGUGUUCCUUUUUAAAAAAAAAUCCACUUAAGUGAUUCCGUGCUGUCAUUUUCUACUGUAAAGCCACAAAAAUCAUCCAAACUUGUAAAUGUUUACUCUGCCGUUAAAAGUCCUUCUCAUGCCAGACACAAUGCUGGUGGAGGGAUACGUGAAGUGCCAGUUUCAGAUAUUAUUAGGCAGUGUGUCAAUAAAACAAUUUU